AUGGCCGUACGAAACAUUAUUGUAACCGGUGCUACGGGGCGACAGGGACGAGCGUUUAUCCAUGCACUUUUCAAGCCACCAACUCCAAAUGACCCAAAUGAUGCGGCAUAUCACGUUUGGGCCGUGACUCGAAAUCCAGCUGCGCCUGCCACGUCUGUGCUUCUAGAAGGUGAAGGGAGUAAUACGAAAGACAUCACGGUAGUCCAAGGUGACCUCAACAAUGCGACGAGAAUAAAAGAGAUUUUUACGGAAGUAGCUGCUGAAGGUGGCAUAUUUGGCGCGUUCGUUGUACUAGCUUACCCAGGCCUUGGAAACAAGAGCGAUGAGGAGGAAAGACAAGGCAAGAUGCUUGCGGAUCUGGCACUCGAAUUUAAACUCGAUGCGCUAGUUUAUUCAAGCACGAUACCACCAGGUCCCGAUUUGGAUGAUGCCUUUGAUGCAUCUCACCGAUCAAAGCGGGAAAUCGAGCUUUAUUGUAAGAAGCUUGGGGAAACAGGUCUGAAUUGGACCAUUGUAAGACCUGGCUUCUUUGUGGAAAAUUUCGACGGAUUCAUGGGGUCACUGGCUGUGGCCAUUCUUUCUCAAGGCCUGAGAAAAGAAACUAACAUAGCGCUCGUUGCGUCCGAGGACAUUGGUAAAGUUGCUGCUGGAAUAUUCCAGGAUCACAGCAAAUUUACUCACAAGACAGUAUCCAUAACUGGCGGGUGUUUAUCCAUGAGCGAGAUCAAAGCAACCUAUGCAGAUGUUGUAGGAAAGCAGAUGCCUUCUGUCCCCGCCAUAUUUGCCUGGCUAAUCCUCAAGCUAAGCUCCGGUGCACAGCAUGUUGCUAAGGAAAUUGAGAGAAAUUAUGAUGUGAGAGUCAACGGAGGAUAUCCAACUUUUGAGGAGGAAGUUGAAUUGGCCAAAUCCCUUUGCGAGCUGCAAACAUAUCGUAAUUGGCUUCUUAAACGAAAAGAGACCUAG